ACCAUCAUUUGGCAACUGAAUGUAAUUAUCGUUUUGCACUUGCUGUUGUUGUUUCCAUCUUCACCUGUGUGUGUGCGCUGUUCAAAUGAAGAGGCUGACUAAUUUGUGGAUUGGCUGACACAGAGGCUGGGACCGGUGUCAACAUUUCAGCCUCUGUGUCUGAUAAUUGAACAGCACAGAAAUACAGAAUUGACUGUUUUGACACCGCAGAGUAAGGGGUCGGCUCCUUUGUGCUCUGAAGUUCCUGCUGUGUGAUGGCCCCAGUCUGAGGAGGACCACCUGUGGAAUUUGACCACAGACACACAACCACACAAAUACACACUGUGUGACGAGUAGAUACCUGAGGAGGAGAGGCCCAGCGGACAGGAACAAUGGCCAAGUACCACUGGCAGAGUCAGAAUGUGAAGCAGAGCGGCGUGGACGACAUGGUGCUGCUCUCCAAGAUCACCGAGGACGCCAUCGUGGAGAACCUCAAGAAACGAUACAUGGACGACUACAUCUUUACAUACAUCGGCCCUGUGUUGAUUUCAGUGAACCCGUUCAAACAGAUGCCUUAUUUUACAGACAGAGAGAUCGAACUGUAUCAAGGAGCAGCCCAGUAUGAGAAUCCCCCGCACGUUUACGCCCUGACGGACAACAUGUACAGAAACAUGAUGAUCGAGGGAGAAAACCAGUGUGUCAUCAUAAGUGGUGAGAGCGGUGCAGGAAAGACUGUGGCUGCCAAAUAUAUCAUGGGCUACAUUUCCAAAGUGUCAGGAGGAGGAUCAAAAGUACAGCACGUAAAAGAUAUCAUCCUCCAAUCAAAUCCUUUGCUCGAAGCCUUUGGAAACGCCAAGACCGUGAGAAACAACAACUCAAGUCGUUUCGGGAAAUACUUUGAAAUUCAGUUCAGCAGAGGAGGAGAGCCAGACGGCGGUAAAAUUUCAAACUUUCUGCUCGAGAAGUCGAGGGUGGUGAGUCAGAAUGAGAAUGAGAGGAACUUCCACAUUUACUAUCAGCUGAUAGAGGGCACUAAUGCUCAACAGAAAGAAGGCCUGGGCAUCAUGACGCCUGACUAUUACUUCUACCUCAACCAGUCUGGGACCUACAAGGUGGACGGGACCAAUGACAGCAAAGACUUUAAAGAGACUAUGGAAGCCAUGCAGGUGAUUGGGAUCCCAGGAGAAAUCCAGGUUCAGGUGCUGCAGAUCAUCGCAGGCAUCCUGCACAUGGGCAACAUCAGCUUCAUAGAGGCAGGAAACUACGGACAGGUGGAGAGCACAGACUUACUCGCGUUUCCUGCCUAUCUGCUGGGCAUUGAUCCUAAGUGGCUGCAAGACAAGUUGACCAGCAGGAAGAUGGAUUCAAAGUGGGGAGGAAAGUCUGAGUCCAUCAAUGUGACCCUGAGCAAAGAGCAGGCUGCAUACACCCGUGAUGCUCUGGCCAAAGCUCUCUAUUCUCGGAUAUUCGACUAUCUGGUUGAGGCCAUCAAUAAAGCCAUCCAAAAACCUUAUGAAGAGUUCGGCAUUGGAGUCCUCGACAUUUAUGGCUUUGAGAUAUUCCAGAGAAACGGUUUUGAGCAGUUCUGCAUUAACUUUGUGAAUGAGAAGCUGCAACAGAUCUUCAUUGAACUCACUCUGAAGGCUGAGCAGGAAGAGUACGUCCAGGAGGGCAUCAAGUGGACUGCCAUCCAGUACUUUAACAACAAAAUUGUUUGUGACCUGAUUGAAAAUAAAAGUCCUCCUGGAAUCAUGAGCGUCCUGGAUGAUGUGUGCGCCACCAUGCACGCCAAAGGAGACGGAGCGGACAGCACACUGCUACAGAAGCUCCAGGCCGCUGUGGGGACACAUGAACAUUUUAACAACUGGAAUUCUGGCUUUGUCAUCCAUCACUAUGCUGGGAAGGUGUCAUACGAUAUCGUCGGCUUCUGUGAGAGGAACCGUGACGUUCUCUUCCCUGACCUUAUAGAGCUCAUGCAAAGCAGCGAAUAUGACUUCAUCCGCAGUUUGUUUCCUGAAAACCUCAACACUGAUAAGAAAAGCCGGCCGACCACAGCCAGCUCUAAAAUCAAAAAACAAGCCAACAACCUGGUCAACACCUUAAUGAAGUGCACUCCACAUUACAUCCGCUGUAUUAAACCCAACGAGACAAAAAGACCCCGAGACUGGGAGGAGAGCAGGGUCAAACAUCAGGUCGAGUACCUUGGACUGCGGGAAAACAUUCGCGUGAGGAGAGCUGGGUUUGCGUACAGACGGGUCUUCAAUAAGUUUAUGAUAAGGUACGCCAUUCUGACGGCUGAGACCUGGCCGUGCUGGAGGGGGCCCGAGCAGCAGGGGGUGCUGCACCUGCUGCGCUCUGUCAACAUGGAUAAUGACCAGUAUCAGAUGGGCCGCACCAAAGUCUUUGUCAAGAACCCAGAAUCGCUGUUCCUACUGGAGGAGAUGAGAGAGAGAAAGUUUGACACGUUUGCGAGGAUCAUCCAGAAGGCCUGGAGAAGAUACAAUGCCAGGAAGAAAUAUGAACAAAUGAGAGAGGAGGCCUCUGACAUCCUGUACAACUCCAAAGAGCGGAGGAGGAACAGCAUCAACAGGAACUUUGUUGGAGACUACCUGGGUCUGGAGCAGAGGCCUGAGCUGAGACAGUUUCUGGCCAAGAGGGAGCGGGUGGACUUUGCUGAUUCAGUCACCAAAUUUGAUCGCAGGUUCAAGUCUAUCAAAAGAGAUUUAAUCCUAACCCCCAAAGGCAUCUAUCUGAUUGGUCGAGAGAAGGUGAAGAAAGGGCCAGAGAAGGGUCAGGUCAAGGAGGUGCUGAAACGAAAACUGGAGUUUGGAAGCAUCACCAGUGUCUCCCUCAGUACAAGACAAGAUGAUUUUUUCAUCCUGCACGAGGCCCAGUACGACAGCCUGCUGGAGUCCAACUUUAAGACAGAGUUCCUCAGUCUGCUGUCCAAACGCUUUGAGGACGUUACCAAGCAAAAACUGAUGAUCUCUUUCAUGGACAGGCUGGAGUUUAGAGUGAAGAAGGAGGGCUGGGGCGGAGGAGGCUGCAGGGUCGUGGUUUUCCAGAGAGGACAAGGAGAUCUGGCCGAACUUAAACCUGGAGGGAAGACCCUCGCCAUCACAAUAGGAGAUGGUCUUCCGAAGUCUUCAAAACCGACCAAGAAGGGUGCUCCUCUGUCCCAGGGUAGAAGGGGCUACCAUAAUACAGGCAAAGCUCACCAGAACGGAGCGGCACAGUUUUCCAGAUCCAGUCACAGCCAGCAAUCGGAAAUCAUGUAUUCGUCCCCACAAAAACAGGUCCGUCCACCCAACGCCGCCCUACCCAAACUGGGAUUCCAGAAGACUCAGCGAACUCCCACACACAACCAGUACAACCAGGGAAACCUGGAUUUCCUGAAUGUGCCAGACCAGGGCAUGUCUGGUCAACAGAGGAGGAGGAGUGUCAGUCAGCGUCCACCUCCGGCUCCAAAGCCACAGCCUAAACCUCAGGGACCUCGAUGUCGAGCUUUGUAUCAAUACAUCGGACAGGACACAGACGAGAUCAGCUUCGACGUCAACGACAUCAUUGACCUGAUUCAAGAAGAUCCAUCAGGCUGGUGGAAGGGAAGGUUUCGAGGCAGAGAAGGCCUCUUCCCUGGUAACUACGUAGAGAAGAUUUGAUGGAGACUCCAUGGAUCCAUGUGGACUUGUCUGUGUUUUUGUUUUGGAAACAAGUGUAAUUUAUGUAAAACAGCUGCCUAGAAAAGAACCUGCAUGUGAAGACUUCACCUUUGCACCGAGGAGCUUCAGCCACGGUGGACACAUGACUAUUGAAGCCGUUGGUGCACGCUGACAUUUUAUCACUGCUGCAUGUGCAAAUCAUUGGAAACGUCACCAUUAUGGACACGGUCCUAAAAACACACACAUCCCCAUGCAAAGAGCUGCUCGGGUUUCAUGUCUCCUGUUGCCGUGGACUAUGUUAUGUUGUUCAUAAUGACCUGGCAACAAGAUCUCCAACUUCUUAACAACACCUUUCUGAGAGCCGUUACUUCAGUGAACGUGACAGAAAGCUAAAGUUACACUCUUCAUAGAAAAGUGACCUGAAAAUGUGCUGUGCUGGUUUUUAGUGUCUGCAGUGUUUAUCAGCCUGAAGCUUCUCUCUGACAUUGAACAGUAUUCUUGACUUAAUCACCCACGUAAUGUCAAGUAAUAACAUCUGUACUUGUCACAGGUAUGGAAAGGACCCAAUAGCAGCACAACCUAGUCAGGAUAAACCCCGUCUUUGUUGGAAGCAAACAGAGCAGCUACAGCUAGCAAAUGAGGCAGGAUCUGGAAACAACAGGCAGGGAUCGUAGUCCAGAACAGGAGACUGGUGGGUUUACCGAAGCUUAGACAAGGCGAUGUCCUAGACAGAUCAGUUCUGGAUCAAAUAACAAGUUCUGGAAUGUGUAUUUGGAAGCGAGGACAAUCUGGCAAGAGUCAAGGGAGUGCAGCUGAACAUACAGGUAGCAGCGAUUGGGCAGAUUGAAGGAGCGAAGGUGCAAGGAACAGACUGUGACAGUACUGAAGCUGUGCAGUGAAAUUGACUCUUACAUCGGCCAAAGUUUGUCUUAGAGUUUGUCUUCAAACGAUGGAUUUGUGCAAAAACAGUAUAUAUAAUCAGUGAAGGUUACUAUUCUUCUUGAUUAAAAAAAAAAAA